UCGUAUCUAGUAUGACCUAAUAAAAUCACCUAACAAUCUGAAUUGACGUGUUCCGCUGUUGUUCAAUGAGCCACGUCCUGUUACAAACGUAAGGCGGGUUGCACUGGAUCCAACCUUGUGCCGUGAUGUCCUCUCCCUAAGUCAGAAGUAGCGUGUGCCUGAUACCAAGCUGUAGUUGCUAUCCCAGGGCCUGUAGUCAUGUCGAGUUUAUACUUCGCCUUAAUACUUCUCUGUGGACUCUUUCAUUACGGCUCCACAAUAAUGUGCUACGAAUGCAACAGUGCUAUAAACUCAGAAUGCCUUGACACCAAGCUGCCAGACAGUUUAAAGAAGAACUGCUCCGACCAUGACCGUGGAGUCACCCAUACGCUCUGCCGUAAGAUAGUUCAACAUGUGGACUAUGGAGUCAAUGGCAGACUGCCUGAGAGCAGAGUCAUCAGAAGCUGUGGUUGGGAUGAGAGUAAAUUUAAAGGUCAAUGUUAUCACCGUGCUGGAUACGGGGGUAGACAGGAAGUAUGCUCCUGCCUGACAGACUACUGCAAUGGUAGCCAAGACACCACGACCACCACCGCCCUUCUGGCCGCUGCCAUCAUAUUCCUCGGUAGAAUUAUCUGCCAAUAAGAAUUAGAUAGAUAUUAAAAAAUCCUUAAUAGAUGUGA